GUGUUUACUGUUAUAUAUACUCCGAUAGUCCGAUCCAUGUUCGCAGAAUUGUAGGUUGAUACUUGAAUACUUGAUAGUGCCAAACAUAACGCUUUGUCUCAAGAUGUCAGUAGAAGAGGAGGAGAACGCCGCGGAGCUUAAAAUCGGAGAUGAAUUUCUCAAGGCAAAGUGUCUGAUGAACUGUGAGGUUUCUUUGAUUCUUGAACACAAGUAUGAGCAGAUUCAGCAGAUGUCUGAGGAUCCAACAAAUCAAGUUUCCCAAGUGUUUGAGAAGUCACUUCAAUACGUGAAGCGUUUCAGCCGGUACAAGAACCCUGAUGCUGUCAGACAAGUUCGAGAAAUCCUGAGUAGAUAUCAGCUUGCUGAAUUCGAGCUUUGUGUUCUGGGAAACCUUUGCCCAGAAACCGUUGAGGAAGCGAUUGCCAUGGUCCCGUCCAUUAAGAACAGAGGGCGUUCACUGGACGAUGAGGCAAUUGAGAAGAUGCUAAAUGACCUGUCAUUGAUAAAGAAAUUUGAGUAGAGCACCUUCUCCAUUUGUUCAGUUGGUUUGCCAUAUUUAGACUGUACCUCUCAUUUUAAAUGUUCAUUGUGUAUGGUUUCACAGUAUUUUAUUGCAAUUACCUUUAUGAAUGUUAUGUUCUUAGUAGCUUAUUAAGCUAAUUAGUUCAGUAAAUAGUACUGCAUUUAGGAGAAAAAAUUAAGAUUCAAAAGUGGGCAGAUUCUUUCUGUGCACCAGCAUUUGACUCUA